AUGAAUAGGUCGUUGGAUGCCAUUAAGGAUAGGUUUGUUGGAUACGAUAGGAUAUAUUUUGUAGUUGCCUUCGACAGUGGGAAACCUACAAUAAGGGCUCAACUGUUCGAUGACUAUAAGGCAAAUAGGCCUUCAAUGCCUCCACUACUUAAGGAGGGAAUUCCCAGGAUAAGGGAGAUAUUUGAUAAGAAGGGCUUUGUAAUGAUUGAUGCUCCGAAUGGAUAUGAGGCUGAUGAUGUAAUUGCCUCUCUGGCAAAGGGAUUUAAUCAGAAGUCAAUAUAUACCUAUAUAUUCUCGUCUGAUAAAGAUCUUCUUCAAUUGGUGAAUGACAUAACCACCGUAUCACUGUCCAAGGCUAAGGGGGGAUAUGAGGAUGUUGAUAUGGAUAAUUUUUCUUCGCUAGUAAGGGGCCUACAACCACACCAGAUACCAUAUCUUAAGGCUUUGGCUGGGGAUAAAUCUGAUAAUUAUCCUGGAGUUGAUGGGUUGGGAGACACCACUGCUUCGGCCCUUCUUAGGACAUAUGGGGAUUUGGAUAAUAUCUAUGACCAUUUGGAGGAGCUUAGCACCAAAUGCAGAAAUAGACUCUACGGGCAUAAGGAUAGGGUACUUAAAUUUCUUGAGUUGGCCACAUUGAAUAGAGAUCUUGAUCUCUCGGAAUGGUGGUACAAAAUAUGA